CAGACAGAAAACCAGCCAGCCAGACAGACAGACGGACAGAUAGACAGACAGGAAGGCAGGCAGGCAGACAGACAGGUGGGCAAAGAGACAGGUAGGCAGACAGGAAAGCAGAUGGACAGACAGACGGACAAAGAGACAGACAGACAGACAGGAAGGCAGACGGACAGACUGACAGACAGGAAGGCAGACGGACAGACAGACAGACAGGUGGAAAGACAGACGGACAGGCAGACAGAUAGCCAAACAGAGAGAUAGACAGACAGACGGACAGGUGGACAGACAGCCAAACAGAGAUAGACAGACAGGCGGACAGAGAAACAGACAGUCUGGAAGACAAAGCAACAGCAAUCAGUAGGUCAUUUUAUAGAGAUAAAUGGACAGAAGGACAGACACACAUACAGCCAGAGGUGGAGUGUCUUUAGUUCUGUGCUAGAUGUGUUCCUGUGGACUUGAUGGAAGACAACAGAAGCAGAGCUUUGUACUGAAGUGGUCGGACACACUUGGAUGUGGAUUGCUUUUCGUACUGCACACAUCUGACAGUCCCUGUACUUGAUAGUACCGUUGUGAUGACUCUUAACAUUUUGUCGUGAGCCCGCAAAAUGUAUUUAUUUAUUUGUGUGGACCUUCAUGUCACACCCGGUGCAGUUUUGGGGCAAAGAGACACGGUGCUGUAACCCCGGGGCUUUUUCUGAGGGGGGCGUUUCUCACUGCGGACAUGAUGAAGUAUGAAGUGACUUUUCUAGCCAUCGUGGGAAAUUGUGUGGAUUUGUUAUUAUAAGCUCUGUAGGAGUUUGACGUGUUUUAUUUGGGGGCGGGGGGGGUUGGAUGGACCUCUCCACUUCUUGAUCGUCAUGGCCUGGUUGGAUAUUGCAGCUAAAAAGCUGGGCUUUCCUACCAUUGAGCUGUUUGUCAAGGCUGGAAGUGACGGGGAGAGCAUUGGAAAUUGCCCAUUUUCCCAGAGGCUUUUUAUGAUCCUGUGGUUGAAGGGAGUCAUCUUCAACGUCACCACAGUAGACCUCAAAAGGAAACCGGCAGACCUGCAGGACCUGGCCCCGGGGACCAACCCGCCGUUUGUGACUUUUAACGGAGAGGUCAAGGUCGAUGUCAACAAGAUAGAGGAGUUCCUGGAGGAGAAACUGACACCACCACGGUACCCCAGACUGGCUCCCAGGCACGCUGAGGCCAACACAGCUGGUAUUGAUGUCUUUGCUAAGUUCUCAGCUUACAUCAAAAACCCCAGGAAAGACACUAAUGACGCCUUAGAAAAGGCCCUGCUGAAGUCUCUUCGUCAUCUAGAUGAGUUUCUGAGGACCCCUCUGUCUGAGGAGAUAGAUGCAGACGCUGCAGGAGACCUGCCAGAAUCCACCAGAAGCUUCUUAGAUGGAUCUGAGCUCACCCUCGCAGACUGCAACCUGCUGCCAAAACUGCACAUCCUGAAGGUGGUGGCCAAGAAGUACCGCGGGUUUGAGAUCCCAGCAGAGAUGGUGGGGGUGUGGCGGUAUUUGAACCUGGCCUACCAGAGGGAGGAGUUUACCAGCACCUGCCCCGCCGACAGGGAGAUCGAGUUCGCGUACUUGGACGUGGCUAAACGAAUCAAAUGAGAGAGAGAGAGAGAGGUGGAAGAAGAAGGAAGGAGAGGAAGGAUGUGAAGAGGAAAGAAGGAGGAAAUGCUUCAGGAAGAUAGAAUAGAUAAUGGCAGGGCCAAUUCACCUGAACAUGGAGAAGAAAGAAAGAAAAAAAGAAAAGCAGAAUAAGCAGCGUGCACAAAAUGAACAGCAGUACCAUCCCAAAAACCUUUCAGCCAGUAACUCCAUAGAACAUGAUGAUGAAAUAACGAUUGUCUUAAGUUGGGAUGGACAUGUUUGCAGAACAUCUCGUUGCAACGAUGUUUGAAACCGUGUGUGAUUCCUGUAGGCUAACCAUUUUUAUAUAUAUAUACAUAUAUAUAUAAAAACUCAAUAACUUUGCAUCAUAGCGUAAAAUAUCAAGUAAAGCCCGAGCAUGUGGCUUUUAUUAACUGGGAAUGUUGCUCCCCGCAUUGGCGUAUUGAACAGUGAAUCAAUGCCUGCCUUAUUUUCAUCUAUUCCAGAUUUUACCCAUAAAGUCAGCUCCCAGUGUCCCAGACGACACAGUACGCAGCUAAAGCAAUUCUCCAAAAUAUAAAAUAAUAAUUAUAAUAUAGCUUAUUCUGCUUUGUUGUGAUAGAGUUGUGCGAGAUGUAUGACAAAUGAUGCAAGACAGGCCCAUAUUGCUGUGUGUGGGUAUUAGCUAUAGUGCGUUUACUAGCCAAAUAAACCACAAGCUUGUCGUCAACGUCCCGAAACAGCUGCUGAUGCACGGGAGAUGCCGCAGGGGCAAUGCUCGCAUGUCUGCGCGAACGCUUUAUGAAUCCCAUUCUGCUUUUCACUUCCUGCCCUCCGUCUGAAUCUCACGCGUCAUCUGAAUCACGUGACUGCAAACGAGCUAUUAAACAAACCCACCCCAAAGAGGGUUCAAACGACCCCAAAACGCUCCGGGUGGACCCGUGCGUCCUUCACAUUAACUGACUGUAUACUAUCUAUUUACUCAUAUGUGUGAGCCUAUGUUUGCCCCCCCCCCCAAUUGUACUUGGCCAAUUACCCCACUCUUCCGAACCGUCUCGGUCACUGCUCCACCCUCUCCGAGCCGGGGAGGGCUGCAGACUACCACAUGUCUCCUCCGAUACAUGUGGAGUCACCAGCCGCUUCUUUUCAUCUGACAGUGACGAGUUUCGCCAGGGGGACGUAGCGCAUGGGAGGAUCACAUUAUUUCCCCCAGCCCCCCCACCCCCACCCCCGAACAGACGCCCUUACCGACCAGAGGAGGUGCUAGUGCAGCAACCAGGACACAUACCCACAUCCGACUUCCCACCCGUAGACACGGCCAAUUGUGUCUGUAGGGACGCCCGACCAAGCUGGAGGUAACAUGGGGAUUCGAACCAGCGAUCCCCAUGUUGGUAGGCAACAGGAUAGACUGCUACGCUACCUGGACUAUGUUUGUCUUGAUGUUGUGACAAAUUGGUGUUUAAAAUCAGCCCGAAAAGUUAAAAGCCGUGAGGUCAAGGCCUGUCUGGUAUGGAGCGUUUCCUUUCCCUGUAUUUUGUAAAAAGUUAAUUCUGCAAUUCUGCGUUGCCGUCGGUGACAAUGAGGAUCUUUGCUUAUGCCAUGACUGUCCUUUGAUAUAUUUCUUUUGUGUUUUAUGGUAGGCUGAUAACAGACAGCCUGGGUGUGGGAAGGCCUCGGUGGUUUUUACCUCGCCUGGUGUGUCAGUUUCCCGGGCGGAGUUGUUGAUUGUACAAAAUAUUAAGAGCAACUUGUGAUACUGAGUGGCACCAUAUCUGCAUUAUCCACAUCAUAACUGUGUCAGUGUUUAGAUGUUCAUUUGCUUUCAUUUGCAUAUCCCCUCCAUGGACUGUGUGGUGGCUGCAGGGGAAAUCAAUAAGGGACUGUGGCUUUCACCUGGUCAGUCUAUUCACACACAGAGAGCGGUGAAUCCUAACAUUUUGUACACUUGGUUCACUUCGAUUGUUGUAUCUUUGAGGCGGGUGUCUCUGCAGACCGGAGCCUGAGUCAUGGGUAGCUGCAGACAAACAUGGUGCUGGAGUGUGGGCGUGUCGGCACCCCCAACUCCCCAAUUGUACUUGGCCAAUUACCUCACUUUUCCAAGCCGACCCACCCAGAUAGCAUCCGGAUGUGGGCCACUUCAGGCAAUGAUGCAGCACUGAUAGCCUUCUUCUGGCCCUGACAACAUGGAUGUGAGCCUGAAGUGGCCCGCAUGUAUAAUAGCAAAUAUGCCCAAAUAUGCAAAAUCAAAUAUGGGCCUUUUUUUUGGCAAAGAUGCGGUACUCUCGGCAACAUGUAAUCUGGAUGUGACCCUGAAGUGGCCCGUGUGGUAAAUGGUGAAUAUGGCCCAAAUAUCACAAAACAAAUAUGGGCCACCUUUGGCAAAUAUGUGGCACAUGCAGCAUUGCUGUGGCUUGGUUCUGGCCCAGAUCUGGCAAACAGGAGCGGACCGCCCAAGUGCCGUCAUUCCACGCGGUAUGUGGGCCAGAUGAAGUGUCGGGUGUGGGACAGGUCUGGGCCACAGCAAUUUUGCUAUCCGGGCGGUCUCUGCUGCACCCCCUCUGCUGAUCCGGGGAGGGCUGCAGACUACCACAUGCCUCCUCCAAUACAUGUGGAGUCGCCAGCCGCUUCUUUUCACCUGACAGUGAGGAGUUUCACCAGGGGGACAUAUUGCAUGGGAGGAUCAUGCGAUUCCCCCCAGUUCCUCCUCCCCCCCAGACAGGCAUCCCAGCCAACCAGAGGAGGGGCUAGUGCAGUGACCAGGACAAAUACCCAAAUGGCUUCCCACCCACAGACACGGCCAAUUGUGUCUGUAGGGACGCCCGACCAAGCCAGAGGCAACACGGGGAUUUGAACCGCCAAGCCCGGUGUUGGUACCCAACGGAAUAGAUGGCUGCACCACCCGGAUGCCCCUUCCCAACCCUUAACCCUAUCCUUGAAUUAGUUUAAGGGAUUGUAAGCCUCUGAUUGGCCAAAUUAAAAAAAAUGAUUGACAGUGAACCCGCCCCUCUCAAAGUGCCCAGUCUGCAGAGACACAAACUUGGUAUCUUUAACUGUCUAACAUUAACCGCCAUUUGAGGUGCAAACCGGGAGGUUUCUGACUUGGAGACUGUGAUGCGGCAUGAAACUGGGCUGUGUGUAACUAACAAGAAGCUCGGGCCAUAUUUUCAAAAGUUUCAAAGUUUUUAACUUCCCAGUUCCUGGUUUCCUUUGAUGCAUCUUAAUAUAGUCUAACACCAGAAUAACUCAACUUCCGAGGGGGUCAGAUUGUGUGUCUGUUUUGCACCCGUCCACAUAUUGUGUUGGCAGAACCUGUAGAAUGUUUACUGGUGUGGAAGUAAACCAUUUUGAAGUGUGGUGGGAGUGUUUCAGCCAUUUUGAGUGUGGCACUGUGCACACCAAGCCCGGCACCAGCCCGCUGAGCUCUGGCCUUAUAAUCCUCUCUAGGGGACCCUUUAUUAAAGUGAUUUCA